AAGCGGAAGUCAGUUAAAUUGCAGGAGUCCGAACGUGGCGACGGAUCAGUUGCUGGCGGCGGGAUCUGUGCAACUUGUGUGGCGUCUCUUCGCUUAGAGCCUGGCCUGGCUCUGUCUACGGCGUCGCCGGUGGCACUUCCCACUUCGGGCCGGUAGGAUGCGGGUGGCUGUGGCCGGGUGCUGCCACGGUGAGCUGGACAAGAUCUAUGAGACGCUGGCGCUGGCGGAGCGGCGCGGCCCGGGGCCGGUGGACCUGCUCCUGUGCUGCGGCGACUUCCAGGCAGUGCGCAACGAGGCCGACCUGCGCUGCAUGGCAGUGCCGCCCAAGUAUCGCCACAUGCAGACCUUCUACAGGUAUUAUUCUGGAGAGAAAAAGGCACCAGUACUCACCAUCUUCAUUGGGGGAAACCAUGAAGCGUCAAAUCAUUUGCAGGAGUUACCGUACGGUGGCUGGGUGGCACCAAACAUUUAUUAUUUAGGUUUGGCUGGUGUGAUAAAAUACCGAGGUGUAAGAAUUGGUGGGAUCUCUGGUAUAUUUAAAUCUCAUGACUAUCGAAAAGGUCAUUUUGAGUGCCCGCCUUAUAAUUCAUCCACAAUAAGAAGUAUAUAUCAUGUAAGAAAUAUUGAAGUUUAUAAAUUAAAACAGCUGAAGCAGCCUAUGGAUGUAUUCUUAUCUCAUGAUUGGCCGAGAAGUAUAUAUCAUUACGGAAAUAAGAAGCAACUUCUUAAGACGAAGUCUUUUUUCCGACAAGAAGUGGAAAAUAACACAUUAGGAAGUCCUGCUGCCUCAGAGCUGUUAGAGCACCUAAAACCUACUUACUGGUUUUCUGCACACCUUCAUGUGAAGUUUGCAGCCUUGAUGCAGCACCAGGCUAAGGAUAAAGGACAGCCAGCCAGAGCAACCAGAUUUUUAGCCUUGGACAAAUGUUUACCACAUAGAGACUUUCUUCAGGUAAUAGAAAUAGAACAUGAUCCCAGUGCUCCUGAUUACCUAGAGUAUGAUAUUGAAUGGCUUACCAUUCUCAGGGCUACUAAUGAUCUUAUUAAUGUGACUGGGCACCUUUGGAAUAUGCCUGAAAAUAAUGGCCUGCAUACAAGGUGGGAUUAUAGUGCAACAGAAGAAGCUAUGAAAGAAGUAUUGGAAAAAUUGAAUCAUGACCUCAAAGUUCCAUGUAACUUUAGUGUAACAGCUGCUUGCCAUGACCCUAGCAAGCCACAGAAUCAAGUGCAGCUGGUUCAUAGGAUCAGUCCUCAGACUACUGAAUUUUGUGCUCAACUUGGCAUCACAGACAUUAAUGUCAGACUUCAGAAGGCCAAGGAAGAACCUCACUUGUGUAAUGAAUAUGAAGAGCAGGAUGACAUGGAGAGUAAUGACUCAGGAGAACCUAGUGAAUACAACACAGACACCUCUGCCCUGUCCUCUGUUAAUCCAGAUGAAAUAGUGUUAAGUGAAGAAGAGGAAGAUAUAGACAGCAUUGUAAGUGCACACAGUGACAUGAAUACAUCAUCUGUAGGACCUUCUGAUCAAGCAUCUGACUUUUCUGCAAGCUUCUCUGAUGUCAGGAUCUUGCCAGGCUCCAUGAUUGUAUCUCCUGAUGAUACAUUGGGCUCCCCAAUUGCUACAGAGGGGAAACCUGGUGAGACUGUGGAGUCGGGGGAUGGAAAGGACUUAAUGGAUGUGUCAUUGAAGAGGCUGAGUGAUGAACAUGAACCUGAACAAAGAAAGAAAAUUAAGAGGAGGAAUCAAGCCAUCUAUACUGCAGUAGAUGAUGAUGAUGUAGCAUAAGACAGUUUACUUAACAUUAAAUGUAGAUACUUGAUUCUCAAGAUCAUAUUUUUUUAGAGUUGAAUAUUUGACUCAAGAUUUAAUUUUGUAAUGAAGCUACCAUUGGAUAAUUUUGAUGCGGUAUUGAUUUUGUCUUUAGGCCUUAUAUGUUUCAGAUACAAACAUAUUAAAAUUUCAUAUAUUUACUUAAUUGAGUACUUUUUUCCCAAGGCAUGUAUUAUUCACGUUUAUUUUUUCAGCAAACACCUAUUGAGCACCUAUUUUGUGCUAGGCACUUUUCUAUAAGAUGAGAAUAUAAAGAUAAGUCAGAGCGUUUUUGGCUUCAAUGUAAAUAUUUUGGUGUAUAAAAUGUGUAUUUCUAUUUUGUUAUACCAAGUCAUAAUGUGUAUACAACUAUGUAUGCUUUCUUUUCAUUUAUUAUAUUUUCCCUGGUCACCUCUUAAUGUCUGUCAAAUAUAAAUUGAAAUUGAAGAUGGAACAUGAGAUUUCAGAAAAUAAGUUACUUAUGAAUUCCAAACAUUGGUAAGCAUAAAAUCUUAUGCAUAAGUGCUGAGAUUAAUGUAAUCCUAUAAUGUUUCUAUACUAUAUUUUAGCUUCAGCUGUCAUUUUAAUGUAACUAUAACCCUGGUCACUAUGAGUUGGAAUUGACUCGAUGGCAAAGGGUUUGUAGCCCUGGUGGCAUAGUGGUCAAGAGCUAUGGCAGCUAUCCAAAAGCUUGGCAGUUUGAGUCCACCCACCAGGGCAGUUCUACUCUGUGCUAUAGGGUCACUAUGAGUCGGAAUCAACUGAACAGCAAUGCGGUAUAAUACUUUGUGCAGGUCGUUUUGGCAAUUAGUAUUAAUUCCUGGCAGGGAUUGGUUUUUAGGGAUUGAGUUUCACAAAUGCUGCCAUGCAUGCUGCUUGGUGAGUCUCUAGUGUUAAAGUAUUUUUAAAGAUCCGUGUGGAAGAACUUCACCCUUGUCCUGCCUCUGGUUAAAAUGCCCUAUACUUUGGAGCGGGAGUCAUGGAAUGCAGAGAUUGUUCAGGGACCUCAUAAUGUCACUGCAGUCCAACCCAGAAGCCAAUCUACGUUCCUGUAGCAACUGGCUGUUAUCUUGUCAGUGUUGACUUGAAAAAGACAUAGGACUUUGGGGCUUUUAUCUUUAUUUCCUUCUGUUUUUUUGUUUACUUUCUUUUAUGAAUAGAAUAUUUAAUUCACGUAUUUUGAGUCUCAUUAUUGUUAUUAACAGAAAGCAUUUAAAGCUAUGAAUUUUUCCCUAAUCACUGAUCUAACUGUACUCCAUAAGUUUUGAUACUUUUUCCAGAAAUUUUUAAUAAAGAUAAAAGUAAAAAGUAAUUAGAAGUAAAACAAAUAUUAGAGUUAAUUAAAUAAACCCAAAAAUCAAACCCGUUGCCUUCAAGUCAAUUCCGACUCAGCAACCCUAGAGUUAAUAGUGGUUCUCAAAACACAGUCCACUAGCUUACCGAAUCAAAAAAGAAAGUAAGCACAAGGACAAAAAUAAAUAAAAGGGAGAAAUAACCACUGAAACAGGAUAGUCAAACUAAUAAACAAGAUUACUCUGCAUAACUUGGUACAAAUAAAUUUGAAGCUUAAACAGAUAAUUAAUCCCCCCCCCCCGCCA